CGAUUUCUUGAUGCUCUGGCUGUCGCAGAGCAUAAUCAACGACGCCCUAUCCGCUGCAUCGCGCUGCAUGUAUAGGUGUUUGGUUAGUAUUGCUCAUACCUUCCUGUCUUCUUAUUCCACCACUUAUGCUUUUUAUGGUUAUCGUCCCGUUCCAAUGUCAGGUUUAUUCCGCUGUUUCCAGCUCUCCAACUCUUGGCCAUUCCCAUUCUUUUUUCAAUGGUCGCUUGCCUUCUAGUUUCAACUCACACGCAACCGUAGCACGUCGCUCGAGUCCAGCCCAACCGAACGGACAAUGUCAGUUCAUCCGUUUCUCUUUGGAGCCCCCAAUUCUCCCUAAGACUGGCUUACCUCAACGUGCGCAGUUUGUUACAGGCAGCACUUGCCCGAACACUAGAGACCCUAUCGAUCGACAUCUGCUGCUUAUCGUAAAUCUGCCUGAAACAUGAGUUCCGUGAUUACUUUGCAAUCACACAUAAGCGACA